GAUUUCUUUGUUUGCAAACUAUUGUGCGAUCAAAUAAAACAGAUGUAUUGCUUUUUUUUAAACUCCCGAAGACGCUAAAGGCACAACAUUCAGAAAGAAUUAAAUUACGCAGUGCGGAGGAGAACACAGAACUUUUCAGCAUGGUUAAGAACAACAGCGAUAAAAUUGUGAACGAACUGCAUCCUCUGACGGAUUGUGAUAACUUAAAUAAUUCAAAGGAUGUCGAACGACAAAAGACGAACAACAGAAAUUCAUACAAUGUUACGUCAUCUGUUGCAAAGAACAACAGGAACACACGAAGUCGAAAAGAACGUCUUAUUGCUAAAGCUAACCAGUAUUCAAAUAACUUUACAUUGCACGCAGUGUCUAAAAUUUGCAACGGUAAUUGGUGUGAGAAAUUUGUGUGGAUAAUAAUAUUUCUGGCUUGUGUUGGUUUGGCUGGGUAUGCAUCAUACUCCAUAUACAAUCAGUAUCUUGACCAAGACGUUUAUUUAGUGACUGAAACUGCUGUCACAAAUAAAAAUACCUUUCCAGCUGUCACCUUUUGUAUUGAACGAAACGAGAAGACAUAUUAUUGUGGAUUUGAUAUCAACGCUCGCAUGCCAUUUUACUUGGAUCCAAAUGAGCCAUGUCCAAGAACCAAUGAUGAGACCCCAAUUCGAGAAUACAUUAGUAGGUCCGGGUCCAGAUAUUGGUCUAACAACAUAUUUGAAUUUAGCUGUCCUCGGACCUCACGAUGCACAUAUGAAGAUAUUAAUAGGAAGUUUUUCAAAACAUCAAACAACGUUCGUGGUUCUUGUGUAACGUGGAAUCCCAAUGGAACGUAUUACAAUGAUGAAGCUGAAAUUGAUCUUGUAGUUGCUGUAUUGAACAGCAAGUUCGAUUCUCAGUUUCAACAUAUCGAAAUUAUCAUCCACGAUAAAGGACACGAUGGAGUGUUUGUGGAAAAGUCAAUUCGAUUGACUCCCGGAAUGAAUAUUGAUAUUUACAUUACGAAAAAAAUUAUUAAACGAUUGGAGACAACAUAUUCUACGAAAUGUGUUAAAAGCAAUUCAAGAAACAUCUUUCCAGGCAAAUACUCAAUCAACAACUGUGUAGAAUCUCACAAAUGCAUUAAAAUUUACAAGCAAUGUGGAGACAUUUACGAUCACUGCCGAAAGUACAUACCUCACAAAAUUGUCCAACAAUAUUUGCGUCCAAAUAUUACUGUAGAAAACGUCACAGAAUGCCUUAAGGCUAGUAAUAAAAGUGUUGAUAUUUCUAAUUGUGCUCGUCCAUGCGAAGAGACUAUCUACGAUGCCACGGCGUUAUCUAAACGUUCCAGCGCGGUUAGAGCCCAAGCGAGGGUAUCCUUGAAGUAUAAGGACAAGUACACUUAUCGCAUAGAAAGAGAAGUCGUGUCGAAAACAUUCUUCGACGUGCUGUCGAAAAUUAGUGGCUUGGUAGCUUUCUUAGUUGGUGCAUCGGUGAUUUUUGUGUUUGAGUUUUUGGCAUACAUAUUCAUUGUAACGUUGAAAUUAUGUGCAUAGAUACCUUUAUUUUAGUAUUGACAUUAGGAAAUCAGGGUAAGGUUUUAUAAUGACCACGUACGUUUUGAAAAGUAAGUAUUGUUCACCGUGAUACUAAGUAAUCUUUGCUGUUAAUCUUAAUACUAAUGUAUCUAACUGUAUUUAGAAAUUCACGCUUGUACAUAUUUCAGGAUGUGCUUAGUAAACUUUGUUGUCAUUCUUUUAAAGACUUUUGAUCUUCUUUUUACAUUAGAACUUAAAGACAAGACAUGGCUCCAGAAUUUUACAGCAUAUAUCAAGAGCUAAUUCUAUGGCAAUAUGUAACUGUAUUUGAAAUUUACGCUUGUGCAAAUUCCAGGGUGUGUUUAACCAUGCCUCGAAGGAAUAUCUAUUUUAUUUUUACAUGAGACUGGAAGACGAAAUAAAGUACUAAAAUUUAA